CAUGUUGAGAGCACACGCACGUAAGAAAAGCUUGGAUUUGAAGGGACAGGAAAAAUUUCUGAGAUAGGGUUCAGCAGUAUAAAUACACAGUAUUGUUGAUCACUUUAUCGCGGUAAAGUUUUGUAAGUGUGAAAGUUGUGACUUUUUUUGCCAAAGAAAUGUGUCGUGUAAAGUAAACUGGGGACUGACAACCUCAUGAUUACGUUUGCUUGGCGCGCGUCAAGCCGAUGCAUCAAUUUUAAGACACCCGAAGCGAAGCUUGAUAGAGCGAGAAGGCAAAAACAAAAUGGUGCGGGCUUGUUGUUGACGGCAACUUGUGUCUUGUGGUAAAAGUGUGCAUUUAGCGUUCACGUUCAUCAGCAACAGCAAAAAUGUGCAUUCCACCGUCAUUUACAGCAGAUGCGAGCUAAGGAAGGGAGCCGGUGAAAAGCUGGACACUUGCUUCUUUGCAGUGCUAGAUGGGAAAAUUAUGCCAUCCUAAAUACCCCACAUGCAUGCAAGGAUAUACAUUUUGUUGUAGUAAAGAUGACAUUAACAUGUUAUUUGGGUAAAUGUGAAUAAGCGUAAAAUUAUUAAUCCUGGACAAGUGGCUCUCAACACCUUUUCGAUACAUCAGCACGCGUCCCCAUCAGACUCGAAAAGAUGGAGGAAGGAGAAAAGGGAGAAAAUGCUUCCCCCAAGCCAGGGGUCGAAACUGAAUCUUUGAACGAUGAACCGAAAACGUCGGAAAAUCCCUUCGACGCCUCGGAGACACCCGUACAGGAUGGACCCAAUGAUGGUCCGCUUCGGACGCAAGAAAAGCCGAUGGUGGAAGAGACAGAAGGAGAACAGACGGCAGAGCGGGAUGUAGUUGAAGACGCUACCGUUGAGCAAUCGUUAUUAUCGGAUUGUUCGCCGGCAGAGGAUGCGCGAAUAGUUGAACGGAGCCCCGAAGAGAAUGAUCUGCCGAAGAUCGAAGAAGAGAAGGUUGAAGAUAUGAUUGUUGAAGAGUACAUUGAGGAAGACGAAAGUCAUAGUGUGACGGCUGAUUGUGACAAACUGGACGAUGGUGCUCAAAUAGCAGAAACUUCAAAGUCGGUGGAACAUUCCGAUACUAAACAAUGUGAAAAAGAUGAUCCAGAUAGUGAAAAGUACGAUAGUGCCGUAGAGGAAAUGGAAGCGGAUCCUAAAGAGCACCGGGAUGGCACGGAGCAAGAUCCCGAAUCGAACGCACAAGAAACAGCUGGAUUGGAACACAACACUGAUGGUCCUUCGAAAGAUGAAGAAUUUGGAGAGCAACAAGAAGAAGAGGAAAAGCAACUGGACGAUGCAAGCAACACAUCGUCCCAUUUACAGGACAUAGAAAUGACGAAUGUGGACGAAAGUGUGCAUGGGAAGUGUGACGAUAUGACGGAAGGCGAUCGUUCGAUGGAUCCAUCUACAGCGGAAGACCCGUUCGAUCAAUUGCGACACUCGACCAGCGAUGAUGUUGGCCAUAAUAGUGAUAGAGAAAACAGAGAAGACACGGUAGAGAGAGAUGCACAUGAGGAACACACAGAUGCUGGUGCAACGGUUGACAAACAAGACACGCACGACGAGCACGACAAAGUUGCUGCCGAUGCAAACGAGAGCCAGGACGACGGUAAUAAUGAGGGUGAUGAACAUUGUGGAGACGAACGCGAUGAACCACUGGCUGAUUCAGAGAUAAACGAAACGGAACAUGGAGUUACUGAGGCAGAGCUAGCAAAAGAGGCGAGUGGCACCUUGGAGCAAUCGGUGGAAGACGAAUCAAACGCUGUGGUGGAUGAAGAAAUGGGGGGAGAAAAUGAAAAUAUUUGCUUGCUACCCGAUGACGAGAGAGCGAUAUCCGCUGAGGACAAUCAACGUGCCAUGGAACAAGAGCAAGAAGCGGCUGCCGCCGCUGCUGCUGCUGAUGCCGCGGCAGCUGAACAAUCCUUGGAACGUGAAGAAGCUGAACGGGAAAGAACGCAAGAUGGUACUGCGAGGGCUGGAAGCCACGAGGAGGAAGCAGAUGAAGGCCAAGGCGGUUUCGCACCACCACCACUAGCAGAAAGCGGGGACGUUGCAGUCGAGGAGAACGAUCUUCAAACAGUGACGGAAGGGCCGGCGGAAGAUAUGGAGGUGGACUUGACAAGCACCGGAACAGAAGAUUUUCCUACGAGAGAUAAUCAGAUUCGUGAACUCACAGCAGUGGCAGAAUCGGAAACGUGUAUGCAGUGUAAGAAGGAAUCGACGCCCUGUCUCUACCUGCUGUCCUGUGAGACAGCAGACGAUCAGGAAUCCGGCCAGCAGUACAUAUGCUCGUUCGAUUGCGUGCAGCGCCUUCGCACCGACAACCCGGGCAAGUACGAACUAAUGCAACGGCGUGUAACGAUUGUUCCCAUCUUCGAGCGUCAAGAAUCGUGCGUGCGCUGCGGCGAGCAACGGUUGUGCAAGUAUCGUUACAAGCUAGACGAUGGUUCAUACACAUAUCUGUGCGAUUCAAAGUGUGUAGAGCAUCUGACCGCAAUCAAUGGCGAAAAGUACAGUUUGGUAAGGAAACGGUACAUCAUUGAAGAAAAGGCUGCGGCGCAGGAAGAGGCCAAAUACUGCGUACAGUGUAGCGACACGAAACCGUGCCAGUUUGAGUUCAAGCAGGACGAAGAGCAGCUACACGUCUGUAGCGAUUGUAUCGAUUUGCUGAUGACGGAACAUCCCGACCUGUUUCGUUUGCAUCGCCGUCGAUCGGUACGGGUACGCAACCUUGGCAAGGAAGGCUCGACUGGCGGUACGAGUGGUUCGCGAGGAGAGGUGGCGAAAUUUACCGCCCGGACGGAAGAGGAGGCCGAAGCAGCGCGAAUUGAGCGUGAGGCUUCGUUUCUGCGCACCUGCCACGAAUGUCACAAAACGUUACAAAUCCUCUCGGCCCGCUGGUUGCAGUGGGAAACGAUGGAAUUUUGCGAUGAGAAGUGUCUAGGCGCCUAUCAGACGACGCACGGUUCCCACUGCGUCCAGUGCCGGAAGGUCGUGUCCGUGAACAGUAUGGGGAAGUUUUGCGUUCGCUUCGGAUUCACCAUUUGCCAGUUCUGCAGCGCGGGAUGCUUAGAAAUCUACAAGAAAGCACUCAAAACGUGCUCCUACUGUCAGCAAACGAUCGGUAAGCAGAACAAAGGCUUUGAGCUACGAGUGGCUCGGGCCGGGGAGCUAGGCGUGCUGAAGGAUUUCUGCAGCGCGAUUUGUCACAAAAUGUACCAAGCUUGUCUAAAUCCGUCGCUGAAACACAAGUUGCACGUAUGCGGUGUAUGCAAUCACGCGAAGACGACCAAGCUGAUAGUCCACCUGGAAGGGCGGGAACAUUAUUUCUGCAGCACGCCUUGCUUUUCCGCGUUUAAGUUCGUGAACAAUGUCAAUCCAGACGAGUGCGCCAUGUGUAAAGAUUUCUUCGAACGAAAGUCGAACGCAGCUUACACUAUCUACCAGCAAGGCCAAGCGUCCCGGCUAGAGCCGUUGGCAUUCUGCACCAAGAUGUGCUUGAAUUUGUACAUUUCAACAAGCAGGGAGAUUGUGCCGUGCAAUUGGUGCAAGGUGAAAAAGUAUACCUUCGACAUGAUACUUCGGCCCUCCACGAUGGAACGGCACUGCUCGCUGCACUGUUUGACGCUGUCCGAGGUGUCGACGAACGUGAAGCUGGCAGCGUGCGAUCAUUGUUUACUGGUCCGAACGCCCCAGUACGAGCUGAAUAUGUCCGAUUCGAGCCUGCGCAUCUUUUGCACCUAUCAGUGUCUCAUGAAAUUCCAGAGCCAGUUUAGUAAAACCAAACCGAUCGAUCCUUCCGUUCCCGCACCGUUGGGUAUUCCGAAGCGUAUUCCUCGCGCUACUACUACGGCAACGAUAACUAAACAAACCGGUCCGGCAAACACAUCUUCCUCUACUGCAGACGCUGUCAUUUCUUCUGUGGCCAGUGGUUUGAACACUUCUACGCGAGGACGAGGACGUCCCCCGAAGACCACAACAGCAACAACAACAACAACGGUCGGUUCCAACGGUAACAUCACUUCCGGAUCCAACCUGCCCGUGAUCACAUCUGUCCAUUCGUUAGCUAACACAAUGGGUAACCGUGGACCGGUAACGCGUCCAAAAGCAGGUCAGAUCAACUUGAACCAGAAGAAUUGGCCCGAAUUGCGUGUAGCGCUAGAACCGUUGACGAAUAUUCCUCCUUCCGGAAGGAUAGCGCUAAGCAGCAUUUUACCCAACAUCAAUGCCCGGACAGAAAUAUCGAUUGCUUCCACCCCAGCCGCUUCUAGUGCUGCGAAAACUGGACCCGUUUCGACGUCUACUGAAACAUCCACAUACGCACCUUCCCCCGAGCCGGAUUCGUUACCAGAGCCAGAGGUGGCUGCUCCUGGUCCAUCGACACGAACGGUAACGAUGACGAAAGUCGAAACGCACACGCAGAUUGUGACGAUUCCUCCCACACCGACGCAAGUAGCUAACGCGGCCACCAUGUGCAAACCGUUACAGUUGACCAAAAGCAUCUCCUGUAGGCCAAUUCAAUGCCACGUCGGUUGCCAAACGGAUGGUUCGCUACAGCGCAAGAUUGUCAUUCCAAUCCCGGUUCCGAUAUAUGUACCUGUGCCGAUGUUUAUGUACUCGAUGCCAACGCCAGUGCCGGUGCCGAUUCCGCUCCCGAUACCGGUACCAGUGUUCAUACCGACUACCCGCAAUUCGGCUGGGGGCAUCAUGAAGGAGAUCAAAAAGAUACAGGACAAAAUGCCCACCGAUCCGUACGAGGCGGAGCUGUUGAUGAUGGCUGAAAUGGUGGCAGGCGACAAGAAGAAGGAUGAAAGUGACUCCGACUCAGACGAUGGCGGUGUGGGAGUGGGUGAUGACCAUUACGGAGCGGCCGAGUCAGUGGUGACCAGCGAUGGAAUGGAACAUAACGCAUCGUUCAGUGAGGAUCUCGUGCAGAUGGCGCUGAAGAUGGCCUCGAAUGAUUUUUCCGAAUCACAAGUCGACUUGGAAUCAGCAAUGCAGGCCAAUACGAUCUCGCAGCAACAGCAACAGCACCACGCAUAUGGAGAUCUGCAGCAGCACCAUCAUCAACAGCAGCAGCAGUUGCUGUUGUUGGACCAGCAACGACAGGUCGUGUCCCCCGUUGUUCAGCGAGGUCGCAAACGGGGCUCUAAUGUAGGACAGCGUGCUGGUUCCGUGGUAAACAAUAACGCGCAACAACAUGCCCUGACGCCUGCGUCGAAACGCAUCAAACGAGAACAGCUGAGUGAACCAUCGCCGGAACCGGUGAAUCGAGUGGUGGAGCCGGUCGAGAAACCGGAUGCUAACAUGUGUCUCAAGUACACGUUCGGAGUGAACGCCUGGAAGCAAUGGGUGGUGACGAAGAAUGCCGACCUGGAGAAAAGCUCAAUCCGCCGGAAACCAUUCAAAUCGGAUAUCUUGCAGCUGACCGCCGAUGAGCUGAACUAUUCGCUGUGCUUGUUCGUGAACGAAGUGCGGAAACCGAACGGCACCGAAUACGCACCGGACACGAUAUACUAUCUCGUACUGGGGAUCCAGCAGUAUCUGUUCCAGAAUAGAAGAGUGGAAAACAUUUUCACCGAUGCGUACUAUGAGCGAUUUACCGACUGUUUGGACGAGGUGGCCAAAAAAUUCUCCAUGUUGUACAACGACUCUCAAUUCAUCGUCACAAGGGUGGAGGAAGAGCAUCUCUGGGAAUGCAAGCAGCUUGGGGCACACUCACCGCACGUCCUGCUCAGUACGCUAAUGUUUUUCAACACGAAACAUUUCAAUCUGGUCUCCGUCGAAGAACACAUGGAACUGAGCUUUUCGCAUAUCAUGAAGCACUGGAAGAGAACGCCGCAGCAAGGCGCCAAAUCGACGGCCACAAGAAACGUGCUGCUUCGCUUUUAUCCACCGCAGUCAUCACUCGCUAAUAACGCGCGCAAGAAAAAGGUUUAUGAGCAGCAGGAAAACGAAGAGGAUCCACUGAGAUGUCCCGUGAAGCUGUACGAGUUUUAUCUGUCGAAAUGUCCGGAGAGCGUGAAAACACGCAACGAUGUGUUCUAUCUGCAGCCAGAACGUUCGUGCGUGCCAGAUUCGCCUGUGUGGUACUCAACGCAGCCACUGAGCAAAGAAGCUCUCACGAAAAUGUUGCAUCGGGUCAAAAUGGUUAAAGAGAUUAACAUUGCAUUGCUUACAAGCUAAUGCCCUGAAUCGAACUGAUGCAUGGUGUAGAUACAGGCUAGUUGGUUGGUUGGUGGUUGGUUCAUUCGUUUAUUGGUGUAGCUACAGCAGCAGCAGCAGCAGCAGCAGCAGCAGCAGCAGCAGCAGCGGUACCAAGAGAAUCUGUCCUAAUGACUCAUGGUGACUCAUGGUGGAGUAAACAAUGGCAAACAUGGCAAUGGCGUGAGUUGAAGCAUGGUAUUGAAAAGUACGUCUGAUAUAUGAUAAAUCAAAGGUUACUACAAUUCAUAGAUUACUCUUCUAACAUCCCCCCCUUAAUAAUGAAUUGUUUUAAUUCCAAGGGCCUUCGGUCCAUGUUCGACUUUGCUAGUAGGAAGUGCCAUGUUCUGUCUAACAAAAUGAUGCCUAACAUCAAUAUGUUUGCUUCUAUCCCUUCUUCCGGAUGCUUCCUUUUCGCCGUGCCGAUGCGUUGGAGGACCUUCAUCCGAAUCACGACGAUCCCGGCACUUUUCUGACCCUUUAUCUUCCUUUCUUCUUCGGCGAGGACUUUUAACCGCAGUACUGCAACUCAUUGCCAAAUCACGGUACGUGCCUGGGAUGAUGCGCUCCCUCUCACUGCGCCUUACCAACUGAUGUGGGUCCUCUUUUUGUGGAGCGAGCGCAGCCAGCUGCUCAAUCGGUUGAUGGUGUUCGAUAGCUUCUGGUUGAUCUCCAAUAGCAUCGUCGUAUUCUGCAUCGCUAUCAUCAUUCCGAGCUUCAUUCGUCUUCAUUCGGAAUUCACCAGGACUAACUUCAGUAGAAGUUUCUCCAAAUUCAGAAGCUCGAUUCGUUAAACACUCGUCCACAAAUAUGACAUCCCGACUAACGAUACCUUUCUUAGUCUUGAUGUUAUAAACUCGAUACAUCUUGGAACUGCUUCCGUAUCCCAUGAAAAUUCCAGAUUCUGAUUUGGCAUCCCAUAUCUGCCUUCUCUCCUUCGGCACAUGACACACCACCUUUGCUCCAAAUAUUCUAAGAUGGGCAAGAUUUGGUCUUCUUCCAGUAAACGCUUCGUGAGGUGUCAUUCGCAAUCCCAUAGUGGGUGAUCGGUUGAUCACAUACGAUGCUGUCGCUACUGCUUCAGCCCAAAAACGCUUUGGCAGAUUGGCAUCACACGAUUCAAAAGAUCAUUAUGUCCAAAGAAGUCAAGAACGUCAUGAAGACAAGAGAGUCGUCAAAGUCAUUGACGGAUUCUGCCGGAAUAGACAUUCCCAAUUUCGGAUCAUCAGAGUCAAGACCCCCAGACAAACCGCCGAGAAAUCAUCUCCUCAGACCAAACCAAAGGCUAAAUCCAUUGCAGCAGGCUGAUCUGUAGGUACAGCUACAUCGGAUGCUGUAAAGAAGCUUACAGCAGUUAAAAUGGAGAUGGUUCUCCCCCACUCCAACAGUGGCAUCCGACGUAGAUCAGAUCGAUCUGUGCCGGCAAUUAAAAUUGUUAGUCAAGUCGAUCUUCACGGGCCGGUUCUUUAUAGCAUCCGUGAUGCUUAUGACCAAUGGUUCCAUAGCUUGACAUUCUUUGAUCUUAUCGGAUGACGGAACCUGGCAAACUUGAUCUUGAUCCACUACGGUCGUACGUAUUUCGAAGGUUAUCCCACGCCUCGCCCACGCCGUUUUCUCCUUAAUCAAAACCAUCUUGAUGGCGAAAGACCAAGAGCUGUAGCUUUCCGAUCCUCGAAGAAUUUCUCGCAAAGGCAGGGAAAAAGAUGCCGCUAGUUUCGGAUUCGCCAUUCUUCACAAAACUGCUUUCAAUCUUUUAAUUUCAAACUAACAGAGCCGUAUCCUGGGCCCAAAACCUAUUGAAAAGUACGUCUGAUAUAUUCAGUAGUAGAACACAGAAGAGUAAUCUAUGAAUUGUAGUAACCUUUGAUUUAUCAUAUAUGUUCAUUCAAACACAUGGCAAUAAUGUUGGCCAUAAAAGAUGGCUAGUUAAAUUGUGAUUCACGAGGGCCUCUACCGACGAGACAAGAUUCUUGCAGCAUUUCUUAGGACAUGUGCUUAACAAUUUGCGAUGUCAGGUACAACAACAACAACAGCAGCAGCAGCAGCAGCAAUGAAUAUCAAAAUCGCUCAUUGUUACUGACAUGGGGAAGGAACUGGAACCCACUGUAUCUGUGGGAAUUAGAUUAUUAGGAAAAAGGGGUAAAAGCUUUCGGGCGCAGAAUGUUUUGCUCGUAUGAAGAUACCUUCUACCGGUGGAAGAGACAGUAGAGCACUAGACGCACGAGCAGGGCGAGGAACAGCAGCAAUCUGUGCGAAGCACCUAAGUCAGCAAAUUGUAUAGGCCUCGUAUUGUAAGCUUUAUUUUUGAGUCAGUUUUCGUUACACUGAUAGAGUAAACAUUUGUGUUUUCUAUCUCCUAAGAGGUCAGCUCGAAGUCAGCAAAAUGUUAGUGUUAGUGAUGUAAGAACGUAAAACAUUUGUUUGCAAACGUA